CUUCUCUCUCCCGCUCCUUCCCCUUCUCCUCACCGUGGUCGGAGAUCGCAGAAGAAAUCCCGCCUGGAGCGGCAGGAGAGAGUCCUCCUCCACCGUCUUCCUUCCUCUGCGAUCCCUGUCCUUUCCGAUUCAUCCCUCGCAUUUCCUCGUCCGAUUCGAAGCGCGGAAGAGUGAGGCAUGAUUCCAAGGCCGCCGCCUCCUCAGUGAUCCCUAAUUUCUCCGAAGCCUUGGGCCAUGUCUUCACCGUCGUCCGCAUCAGUGCCUUUUUCACCAGCGCCGAAGAGAUUUUUUAAGACGCCGGAAGGCCGCUACGACCAAAUCCAUGAGAAGACAUACCCAGCCUCCGCCCUACACUGCACCCAUAGCAAGUCGGUGUCCCAGUUGACAAUUGCGUGCCUUAAGGAGAAACCAAUGGCGGAACAAAGCCAGGCGGCUCCGUUAGCAUCAAAUUCAGGAUCGAGGUCUGUGGCUUCCAGAUUUUUAGGGGUCGCCAAUGGGGGUCGGUCGCUAAGCCUUGUCGUCGGAAAUAGUAUCGGUAGAGUAGCAUUGGCCAACUGCCGGACCGCUGGGUUUGAUGAGGAAGCUGUGGAAUCGAGUACCUCGACUGAAUUGCCAAAUUAUGGUGGAGGCGGGACGUUCUUAAUUUACAAUGUUGCAGACACUUUGUUUGUCAGUGACCUCAAUUUGAAAGAGAAGGAUCCCAUCAAGGCUAUCCAAUUCAGCAAUUCAAGCCCUGUUUGCCAUGCAUUUGAUGCCGAGGCAGAUGAUGGGUAUGAUUUGCUCCUCGGGCUGCAUUGUGGAGAUGUCUACUUGGUAUCGCUGAGGCAACAAUUACAGGAUACAGGAAGGAAGAUGGUGGCAGCUCAACAUUAUUUCUAUUAUAAUAUGGAUGGAGCAACUAAUAACAGCCGGUGCAUUUGCGUGGCAUGGGUACCUGGACGUAUAGGUACUUUUGUUGUUGGUCAUGCAGACGGUAAUAUAUAUGUAUACGAAAAGAACAAGGAAGGAACUUCUGAUAGCUCAUUUCCUGUAAUCAAGGAUCAAACUCAGUUUUCUAUUUCUCACACACGCUCAAGUAAGAGCAAUCCAGUUGCUAGAUGGCAUGUUUGUCAUGGUCCAGUAAACAGCAUAUCAUUCUCAGCUGAUGGAGCUUGUAUGGCCACUGUCGGUAGAGAUGGUUGUUUAAGAGUAUUUGAUUUUGCCAAAGCGCUUCUAUUAUUUGGAGGGAAAAGUUAUUAUGGUGCCUUGCUAUGUUCUGCCUGGAGUUCUGAUGGAAAAUACAUAUUGACCGGAGGUGAAGAUGAUCUCGUGCAAGUUUGGAGUACAGAGGAGCAAAAGAUAGUAGCCUGGGGAGAAGGGCAUAAUUCAUGGAUAAGUGGAGUUGCUUUUGAUUCAUAUUUGCAAGGGCCAAAUUCCGAAGAGGCAGAACAAAACGUAGUCUAUCGUUUUGGCUCUGUAGGCCAGGACAGUCAGCUGCUUCUGUGGGAUCUGGCGAUCGAUGAACUUGUCAUGCCACUUUAUGGUCCGCCUGGUGGUUCACCAACCACCAAGAGUGAUCUCUCAGCAAAUGGGGAUAGCAUUAGCACCACUGGUGCUAUCCUGCCUUCUCCAAGCAUGAGUGAUGUGCCUAAAAUCUCUCCUAUUGCAACUCAGCAAGUACACUUGGAUCCACUCUCUGGCUUGAUAUUCACUAAAGCAUCAUUGCUAACAGUAUCCCGCGAAGGCCAUAUCAAGAUCUGGAGAAGACCUGGCCAUUCUGAUUCCUUGAAGUGUUUAUCUGCGAAGAAUCCAAGCUUCUGUUCCAGCAUUGCAAGGGUUGAGUUGCAAAAAGAGUGCCUGUGAUGAAGAUCAUAUACAAAUAUUCAUUUCCAAUCUGUAACAUGAAAAGUAGCAGCAUAUUCAACUACCUUUACUGGUAUGCAUUACUUGGAAAUUUAGAUAUGCUGUCUAUCAAUUUAUUCUUCUUGGCUCAUCAUUCAUCAAGCACUGGAUCAGCACAAUAUUUCCAGCAUAAGCCCCCAGUCAAAUUCAACUUGAUUACAAAUCAGAUUAUAUUACAUUAGGUAUGAAAUCAUUAUAAGUUAACCAUAACUAAUAGAUUCAGUUGAAAUAAAAUAUGAUUUGACCAAUCAACUCAGGUGAUUCGUUCGAAUGUAACCCAUUACAAUUGCAAUAGAUCUCUGCGAGUCUGGUGUCCAAGUUUCCAGCGAGCUCUCGUCUUCAGGAUAAUCAACUACAUUCACAGCCUAAAGAGCUUUCAUCAAUUUGGAUGGAAGCCAUUGGCAUAAGCAUCGAAUGGCACAGAGAACGAUUACUUUCACAACAGCAAAAUGCCUGA